GUUUCCUCGGAAGGGGCGCCGACGAUGCUCCGACGCCACGUCAAGAGCUCGACCAAGAAGACGGCCAAGACGCGUAGGCUCAUGGAGGACCUCCGCGAGUCCGGCGACGGCACGUACAUCAUUCACACCAAGCGCCACGGCGACGUGCUGCACUCGGACCUCGACUACUACGCCACGGACGGCGGCUACGACGACGCCGCGGCCGGUGAUGCAUACGACCUCCAAGAGCCCAUCGGAUGGCUCAACUGCGAGUGCUUUCUGUCGCUGCUGCUCGUUGGUGUCCUUGUCGCGCUGCCGUUCAACCUACAUAGCACCAAAGAUUUGCUCCAGUCACGCGAGACGUACCUCUUCCAAGCCGCCGAAAUGGUCAAGGUCGGCGCCUGCGACGACGCCAUCAUGCUCUACGAGCGCGCACUCGUCGUACAAGAAAACGCCUUCAUCCACAACCAGCUCGCCGACGCGCUCUCGAAAUGCGGUCGCACGAACGAUGCACUCGACCACUACCUCAGCGGCAUUCGCCUCGAAGAGACGCACCGAAGAAAGGUGCCGUCGCUCAUCUCGAUGGGCGAUUUGUACCAAAAGAUUGGCGAGUACGCGCUGGCCGUCAAGAGCUUUGAUACCGUCGUCCUCAUCCUUGGCGACUCGAAAGAGGCCAAGUCCAGCGAGCUCGGCGAGAUCCACAUCAAGCUUGCUAAAGCGGCGACCGGGAUGGGCGACUACGAACAAGCGCUGCGUGCGUAUGCAUCCGCGACGUCGCUUGUCUCGGGCAACGCUCUCAUUGCCGAGGUACACUACCGCAUGGGGCACUGCGCCAGCAUUCUCGGGCGCAUGGACGUGGCGGUCUCGGCGCUCAAGAAGGCAGCGGCGAAAGCGCCAUCGAGUCAAAAGUCGCUCUACUUGCACGAACUCGCCUACGCCUAUUUCGAGAGCGGCGACUUUGAGAAAGGCAACGACGGUCUCAGCCGUCUCUUUGUAAUGCAAUCCAUGUACCCCGAAGAUCGGUACGUCAAGGCGGCGUUCCACGACCACGGUUUCCCGCCGACGCACCGCGCGCCGACGCAGUACAUCUCGACGACGUUCGAUAUGCACGCGCAUCGGUCAAUGCACCUCGCGUCCGACGCGCUGGACUCAUUUCUUGCAUUUCGCCAGCUCCAUGGGCUCUUGUUUGUGGACUCUGUGCCGACGCGGAUCGCCGAGGUGCUGCAGGCCAAGCUCGGCGUGACGCCGGGGGAUCACUGGCUGGACAUUGCCGACUUUGGCACGGGCGCCGGCGUCGCGAUCCGCCUCUUCCAGCCGCUUGCCAACUACAUUAUGGGCAUCGACCUCUCGGCCGCGUCCGUAGAGCUCGCGCGCCGCAGCCACCUCUACGACGACCUCCAGGUGGGUGAUCUCUUGACGGUCGCCGCGACACUGCCCAGUGCGACCUUUGAUGUCGUGCUGGCCAUGAACAGCGCGCCGUACUUUGGCGACCUCCGCCCGGUGCUCGAGCGUGCGCUCCGCUUGCUCCGCGUCGGUGGUCUCCUGUGCAUCAACUUGGAUCGGCUCGAGGAAGAUGAGGCGGCGCCGUACGUCCUGCGCUUCACGGGUCGAUAUGCACACGCGCCCGCGUACCUCACCGAGCUCGCGGCCGAGCUGCACCUGGAGGUCUUCCACCACGAAGCGGUCCAUGACGUCCAAAGCGUCGGCCAGUCGGUUGCGGGAACCGUGGUUGCGCUGUCGCACCCGAGACCGGUCGCCAGUGACCUCUUCUUCUUGCGCAAGACCAAGGACGACCUCUCGGCACUCUAAACAACGCGCGUGUCCUGACUUCUCCGCAAGCC